AUGGCUCAGAAAUUGGAUUUUUCGACGUGUGCCAGAAUGGAUAUUCCAGGUGAGAAUAUAGGAGCCGAAACUCCACGUGGAAUCAUCAUUUUAUAACUUUAUUAAAUAUUGAAUCUAUUGAAUUUUGGAAUCCAAAUUGCACAAUUUUCCUAGGUUUGAACAAAGUUGCGCAGGGACUUUGCAUAACUUCUUGCUCUGUUCAAAAUUGUGGAACAGGAACUUGUCAAAAACGAAAAAAUCGGCCGACUUGUGUUUGUUAUCGAUGUGCAAAAGGUGGAAAUGUGCCACUUGGAGCCGUUAUUUCGAAAAAGGGAUGA